AUGUUCGCCGCCUCUUUUGUCCUCGCCAUCCUGGCUGCCCCCUUUGCUGCUGCCGCUCCCACGGACGUGUACGCGCCUCCCAUCACCUACCCAACUGCUACCACGGUUUGGAAGGUUGGGCAUUCAUACAAUGUUACCUGGGAUGUGUCUAGCCCACCCAGCCAAAUCAGCAACCCUAUCGGUAGCAUUGACUUGGUAAAGGACAAUAGGAUUGUUAUGGGUACCCCCUUGGCCACUGGGUUCUCCAUUCUUGAUGGUAUCCACGAGAUCACUGUUCCCGAUGUUGCCCCUGGCAAUGACUACGCCAUUGUCUUGUUCGGAGACUCCGGAGAUGUCAGUCAACAGUUCACCAUCGUUGCUUGA